AUGAUUAUCCCAUCAUUGAAGACCCUUUUGAUGGCCUUGGCCACCCCCUUGGCUAACCAGGGCAUAACAACCGACAACGUUGGCAAUGGCGGCAAGACGGUUGCUGCCCUCAGCAACGGGGUUGCCCUUCGCAUCAUGCCCCUUGGUGCCUCCAUCACAUACGGCCAGGCAUCUACCGACGGCAACGGCUACCGUAGUUCUCUGCGUGAUGCCAUCGCCAAGCUCGGUAACCAAGUGAACAUGGUUGGUUCGCGUCAGCACGGAAGCAUGAAGGACAACGAAGUUGAGGGCUGGCCGGGUUACAAGAUCCACGAGGUCCACGCAAAAGCCCGCACCGCGGUACCCGCCUACAAGCCCAACGUGGUCCUCAUCAACGCCGGCACCAACGACGCAACAGGGAACGUCAACCUUUCCACGGCAGGCGAUAAGAUGGGCGCCAUGAUUGACGAAGUCUUCGCCGCCAGCCCGCGCGCCGUGGUUAUCCUUAGCACGCUCAUAAUCAACACAGUACCCGCUACCGAGGCGCGCGUUGCGAUCAUCAACGACCAGUUCAGGGGGUUGGCGAAGCGGAUGAGGGACGCCGGCAAGCGAGUGAUUCUAGUGGACAUGCACGACGCCUCCAAGGGGCCGAUCCCAUCCGACAUGUUCGAUACCACCCACCCUACCGACGUCGGGUAUCGCAAGAUGGCCAACAUCUGGUACCAGGGUAUCGUGGAGGCUAGCAGCCUCAAAUGGAUUCAGGCGCCCGAACCCGUUGGCAGCGUGCCGGAUAGCGGAGUGGCUAUGGCGACGGAGGUGAAGAAGAAGGUUGGGAAGCGCGUGGAGGUGUUUGAGGCGUGA